AAUGAGCAACAUAUCAAUCAGCAUGAUCGAUAGGUUACAUUAACUAUGCAGCAUAUUCCGGAGCAUGGUAAUCAAGAUAUGCAUUCAAUAUGCUGUCAUCAUAUCCAAGUGAACUACCUAAGUUGCAGUGAAUAAAUUAUACUGUUCCUUCCAUGGGUGGAGAUAAGUACAAAUGGGAACAAAAAAAAGACUAACUUUGUGAGGUGGUGGGGUGAUGAGUGCAGGUGGUAAUGAAGAACGUGACGAAGCUGUGUGCGAGCAAGCCCAUCGUGACGGUCAACGGCAAGUUCCCUGGGCCUACUCUUUAUGCCAGAGAGGACGACACCGUCCUUGUCCGGGUCGUCAACCACGUUUCCUACAACGUCACCAUUCACUGGCAUGGGGUGAGGCAGUUAAGGACGUGCUGGUCAGAUGGACCGGCAUACAUCACACAGUGUCCGAUUCGGCCAGGCCAAAGCUAUGUCUACAACUUCACACUCACAGGCGAGAGAGGCACUUUGCUCUGGCAUGCGCAUAUCACUUGGCUCAGGGCGACCCUUCACGGCGCCAUCGUCAUCUUGCCCAAGCGAGGAGUUCCGUACCCCUUCCCAAAGCCUUACAAGGAAAAGGUCAUCGUUUUAGGCGAAUGGUGGAAAGCUGAUACCGAGCUCGUGCUCAGCCAGACCGAACAAUCAGGCCUGCCACCAAAUACAUCAGAUGCACAUACCAUCAAUGGAGAUCCGGGGCCUCUCCCUAAUUGCUCUUCUCAGGGCUAUAAACUCCAUGUUGAAAGUGGCAAGACCUAUCUCCUGCGGAUCGUCAACGCUGCCGUGAAUGAAGAGGUUUUUUUCAAGAUUGCGGGGCACAACCUGACCGUGGUCGAAGUGGAUGCAUCCUACACCAAACCCUUCAGCAUCGACACUAUAUUUAUCGCUCCGGGACAGACCACCAACGCCCUACUAGCUGCCGACCAGAGCAGCGGGAGCUACCUUAUGGCCAUCUCUCCUUUCAUGGACACUGUUGUUGCAGUCGACAAUUUGACCACGACCGGAAUUAUGCAAUACAACGGCACCCUCGUCUCUACUCCUACGGUGCAAGUCAGCAUGCCUGCCAUCAAUGCCACCUCGGUCGAAUUCAGCUUCAUCAACUCGCUCCGGAGCCUCAAUUCGAAGCGAUACCCCGCGAACGUCCCGUUGACUGUCGAUCAUUCCCUUCUCUUCACAUUGAGUGUCGGAGUGAACCCAUGUUCCACGUGUGUCAACGGGAGCAAGCUGAUCGCAGCGUUGAACAAUGUGAGUUUCGUGAUGCCAAGCACCGACAUCCUUGAAGCACAUUACCACAAGAGAAGAGGGGUUUACACUGACGAUUUCCCUGGAAACCCUCCGAUGCCAUUCAAUUACACGGGGACACCUCCUAGUAACAUGCAGACGAUGAACGGGACACGAGUUUACAAGCUUGCAUACAACUCAACAGUUCAGAUUGUUCUUCAGGGCACUUCUAUAGUAGCACCCGAAAACCACCCUACUCAUUUGCACGGUUUCAACAUUUUCGGUAUCGGGAAAGGCUUGGGGAAUUUUGACCCGAAUAAGGACCCCGAGAACUUCAAUCUGGUCGACCCGGUCGAGAGGAACACGAUUGGAGUGUCUACCGGCGGAUGGACCGCAAUCAGAUUCAGAGCAGAUAAUCCAGGUGUUUGGUUUCUGCACUGCCAUUUGGAAUUGCACACAACAUGGGGACUGAAGAUGGUGUUCGUAGUAGAAGAUGGCGAUGGCCCAAACGAGUCCCUUUUGCCUCCACCUGCUGACUUUCCAAAAUGUUAAGAAAAACCUGCGUGGGGGGGGGGGGGGGGGAGGGUCUUUUCAAUUGGUGGGUUUGAGAAUGGACCAGUUGACCAAUCAGUAGUUGCCCUAUUAGACCAGGAGAUUUGGGAAUGUCUGAAGAGAGGAUUCAGACCUCAUGAUGAGAGCAGAAAAGAAAAAAAAACAGAGAACGAAAGAGUUCUUCUUGGUUUUAAUUUAGUUGGGGUGGGGUGAGGGAGAAUUUGUUGUCUUUGAACUAAGUCAAGUGUGUAUCUGCAAUUAAUAGAAUCUGCUCGAGCAUAUUCGUCCU